CUUGGUUUGGGUGUAGGAGAGGGCAGAGGGUUGGGGCCCCUAGAUUUGCAGGGAGGAGAGCUUGGUUGGGCCACACCCCUCCACCAGAUGAUCCAGUCCCUAACUCCCUCCCCCACUCCAGAAACACUAUCCUUUAUCUCUGGCCCUUUAAGAGCUCAAGCUGUCGCUAGGCUCCCAGGAUCCCAAGGGUGGGCAUCAGUUGCAUCACCUGCGCCCCUGGGACCCUACCUCCUGCCACCCCACCCAGAGCCAUUCUGCAGCAUUCACCGAUCUCUGCAUUCAGCUCUGUUCACCUGUUGUUAUUUUGGACCCCACUGAGCAGGUAAGAGACCCCAAACCCCAAGUGAUCCCAUCCCAUUUGGGUGUAUGCCCACGCUACCUCCACCUAACCACAGACCUAGGUAUCCCUGCCCAAGACCAGCCUGAAACCUGGGAUCCCAGCUUCCAUCCUCCAUAGAGACACGAGUCCUGCCCCAAGCUGUCUCCUGAAGGCUGAGGAAUCCAGACCCCUUACACACCUAUCUCUGGAGGAUAGGAGACUCAAGAGUUUCCAAUCUCCUUCUAACUCAGGACCCAAGAGUUCCAUACACCCAUUUCCUUUCUCUCCUGUAAUCCACAACCCACCCACCCCCAAGCUUUGCUCCCUCAAAAUUCUAGGCAUCUGAACCUUCAGGCCUCCUCAAAAUUCUAGGCAUCUGAACCUUCAGGCCUCUCCUUUCUAGAGAAUUAGGAAUUUAGAUCCACAUUGCCCUCCACCCUCUGGUAACAAGGAGUCUGAACCCCCAGCAGCCUUCUUGACCAGGAUCCAGGAGUCUUCCGCCUCCUCAGGUUACAGGUAUUUAGGCCCCCUCGCCUCUCAAACCCAGGCGGUCAGGCCCCCCAGUCGUUCCUUCUGACCUCUAAUGUAAACAACUGUUGAGUCAAGAUAUCCCCAGGGCCAUUGAAGAGGAAUUGAUCCCAUGUCCCCUCAGAGGUCUACACACUUCAAAGCCAAAGUCAAAGAGAUCUGGGGGCUUGGAAAUGUGUCUUUCUUUCCCAAUUUUCCUGGGACCCCCUUUGGGGAAACAGAUAAGGAAAUUUACUAUGACUCCCAAGAAGCCCUGCGCCUCAGUCUCCCUUAGCUACCGUGGCUUCCACCCCACGACCUACUGGGGAGUUGCAGGUGGCAUCUCCUUUUCCUGGCACCGACCUGGGUGGUGCUAACAUGGUCUAUCUGGGGACCACUGGGCGUGGCCUCCGGAGUGGGCAGAGGCCCCUCCCUUGUGGCUCUGGCCUUAACCCCUUCCUUCCCGCUCCCCUGCUGCUACAGGUAUCACCCAGAGCUAUGAAAUCCUUCAGACCAAUCCUCUUCCUUCUCGUCUUCCUCUUCACCCGGCUGGGCUCCAAGGCCGCCCCUUUGGUCUCACUGCCUGUGGGCUCCGACUUGGGGAUAGACCACCCCUCCCAGCCCUACCCUCCGGCUUCUGAAAAUUCCACUCUCUAUGGACCUAACCCAGAAUCCCCAGGGGCUGCUUAUCCCGAGCCCUCCAAGACACCUCAUGUGAUUUCCUCUGAGCCCUCCCCCCUUGCCUUCACUGAGACCCCCAAUACUGACCUCCAAGAAACCCCCCACCAAGAGCUUCCUAAGGCCCCCAAACCUAACUCAUUCAACACCUCAACACCAGAAUCCCUGGACACCUUCCAAAUCAACCCCUCCAAAAUGAUAUAUCCAGAACUAUCUGACACCCCCAAAGCUGACCUGACUGAACUUCCACACACACAAUACCCUGAGGCCUCUACACUUAAUCCCUCUAAAACCUCACAUCCAGCAUUUUCUGAGACCCCAAACCCUGACCCUACCCAAACUCAACACCAAGAAUCCCCAGAGAUUUCCAAGGUUAACUCCACAGAAAUAUCACACACAGAAUCCUGUGAGAAUCUCAACUCUAAUCCCUCUAAAACCUCACACCCAGCAUUUUCUGGGACCCCAAACCCUGACCCUACCCAAACCCUACAUCAAGAAUUCCCAGAGAUUCCCAAACUUAGCUCCCCUGAGAUAUCACUUGCAGAAACCUCUGAAACCCGAAAUUCUGACCCCACCAAAAUCUUUGACCUCAAGUCUCUGGAAACCCAUGACCCUGACACCCCAAACUCUAAAUUCCUCCAGACCCUCCAUCCUGACCCUACUGAAACACCCCACCCGGCAUCUCAUGUAGGCCACAAACCCAACCCCACGGAGAUUCCCCAAACAAAAUUCCCCACAACCCUCUACCAAGACUCAACAGAGAUCCCCACGGCCUCUGACCCUGAAAUCUUCACUAGCCUUGCCCCAGAAACUCCUGCACCCUUCAAAGAAGAAGUUACUGCUCUUAAUGAGCAACCCCUGAAUCCCAAAUCAGAAGCACUUGCAGCCACCCAGCCCACCACCCUUAAAUUGCCCGCCUCAGAUUCUCCGGGGACAGUUGAUCUGAAAGCCCCCCAGAAUUCUAGCCCUAAAGGGCCCGACGCCCCUCCUCCCUCAGCCCGGAUUGCGGGGGCCCCUGCUCCUCCAGGGCCCCCCAAUCAGCAGGCCCCAGGCAGUCCGCGGGCCCCCCAGCGGCACAGCCGAGGUGAGAGAGUCAACACUAUCAUCGUGUUGGAGCGAGUACAGGAGACCGGCGUGACCCUGGUGGGGCGUCCCCGGGGCGCGGCAGGCGGGGCCCUCUGCCUGUUCCUCGCCGGGAUCGGGCUGCUCAUCGGCAUUUUCCUGGUGCUGUGGUGUCUCCACCGCCGGGCGGCUCGACACCGGCCCUUCGCACACCACCGCCUCCCGAACGACGGAGAUGAACCGGUUAUGCAUUUGGACGCCCCGAAGGAACCCUACGACCUCUACUUUUAUGCGCCGGACGCCUGGGUCCCUUCACACAUCGCUACCAAGCAGCCACCGCCCACCCCCCCGCUGCCGCCCAAGCUGCCUCCGCCGCCCCGCGGGGGCCGCCCCCAGCGCCUGGAACCGCUCUCCCCUGCCACGCUCCCCAACAACUUCCUGUGA